GGGCCUCCCCCUGAGUCCACGACACAUUUGUUUCAAGGAAACCUCCAACUUUCUCGCUGAUAAAACCUGCCACUGGACACAAGAGGUCAGAUACAUUGACCUGGAGAUAGAGGGAAAGAACUAAACCUGAGGAAGAGAAAUAGGCCGUUGCUUCUCCUGAGAAGGGGCACAGGGCAUCAGGAAGUUAAGGUCGGCCAGGGGGGUGCAGGAUGUCAUCAGCCAAAGAGGUCCUUGAAACAUGCGGUAGGCUAAAUUAAAACAGAGAGAAGUGAGCCGUGCUAUCUGGUGGAAUCCAUGACAGGAUGUGCUGAGGGUAGAGGUAGGCUAUGGAGGUAGACCAGACACAGUUCAGGUAGCAUACUGGAUGAGUUUGCAAUAGAACAGAACAGCAGGAUGAAACUUGAGAAGAUCAGAAGAAGCCCUGAUUAGCCUUUGUGCAGAUCUACAAGUCUCACAUUGGAUUAAGAAGACCCAAGAGCAUCAGCUGCAGCAUCAGGGAUGGGAUUUCCCAUGAUCCUCUGCCUCUCUUCACUGACCUGCCUCUCCUUUGUGAUUGGUGGAGACUGCCAGACAAAUGCUUCCCGUGACAACGCCCUGACACCUCUCCAUGACAGCCGCGCUCGCUCCCCAAAUGGCCCCGCCCCCUUGCCUCGCCCUGCCUCUCACUCCAACGCUUCUGUCCGUGGGCUUGGAGGCUCAGGGGCGCCCCCUGGCUGUGUGCAGCCCACAGCGGCAAAGCUGGUGUUUAAGUACGUCAACACGCUGCUCUCCUGCGUCAUCUUCGUGGUGGGGAUUGUGGGUAACUCCACACUCCUGCGCAUCAUUGGUGAGAAUAAAAGCAUGCGCACAGGCCCAAAUGCUCUGAUUGCCAGCCUUGCACUGGGAGACCUCAUCUACAUCGUGUUUGCCAUUCCCAUCCACAUCUAUAAGCUCAUAGCGAUGCGCUGGCCGUUCUCUGACAGUGUGUUGGGGCUCCUCUUGUGUAAGCUUGUGCCUUUUGUGCAGAAGGCCUCUGUGGGAAUCACUGUACUCAACCUGUGUGCCCUAAGUGUGGACAGGUACCGUGCGGUAGCCUCCUGGACACGUGUGCGGGGCGUGGGAGUGCCGGUGCAGACGGUGCUGGAGAUCGUGUGUAUCUGGGGCGUGUCGGCCGUGCUGGCAGUGCCGGAGGCCAUGGGCUUCCGCAUGGUGGCCUUCUCCUACCGCAACACCUCCACACACACCUGCAUGCUGCAGCCCACCACCCCCUUCCUCAGGUUCUACAGGGAUGUAAAGGACUGGUGGUUGUUUGGGUUUUAUUUCUGUGUGCCGCUGCUGUGCACGGCUGUCUUCUACUCACUGAUGACCGGGCACAUGCUGCACCAGCGCAAGCAGCUCAAAUCAGCACUCAGCCAGCACCUCAAACAGAGGCGUGAAGUUGCGAAAGCAGUCUUUAGUCUGGUGGUGAUUUUUGCGCUGUGCUGGUUCCCUCUGCACCUCAGCCGCAUUCUCAAGAAGCUGAACUACAGCCCUCAGGACACACACCGCUGUGACCUGCUCAAUUUCCUCUUGGUGCUGGACUACCUGAGUGUGAACCUGGCCACUGUCAACUCCUGUAUCAAUCCCAUCAUCCUCUACUUUGUCAGCAAGAAAUUUAAAAACUGCUUCAGGUCCUGUCUGUGCUGCUGGUGUCCCUCUGGUAGGAGCCAUGCUCAUUCCAGCCCUAAGAAACACAAAGCCCUUCUCACAUAAAUGUGUCUGAAUAUCACAGUAUGUGUCUUUGUGUAUGUACAGUGUGUCCUUGUGUGUGAAAUGAUGGCCUAAUAGAAAGAAUGACUGCUAUUUGUAUGUGUUUAUAUAACAAUUAAAGUUUUAAAUCCUCAA